AUGGCGUCGUCAUCCUCAAACGUAGUGGGUGUCCACUAUCGUGUCGGCAAGAAGAUUGGAGAGGGAUCCUUCGGAGUUAUUUUCGAGGGUACCAACCUUCUCAACAACCAACAAGUGGCUAUCAAAUUCGAACCCCGAAAGAGUGAUGCUCCUCAGUUGCGUGAUGAGUACCGAACCUAUAAAAUUCUGGUCGGAUGUCCCGGAAUUCCGAACGUAUACUACUUUGGCCAAGAGGGUCUGCACAACAUCCUUGUGAUCGAUCUCCUUGGUCCUAGUCUGGAGGAUCUCUUCGAUCACUGCAACCGCAGAUUCUCCACCAAGACUGUAGUGAUGGUCGCUAAGCAGAUGCUGUCGCGAGUACAAACCAUUCACGAAAAGAACCUCAUUUAUCGUGAUAUCAAGCCCGAUAACUUCCUCAUCGGCCGUCCAUCAACCAAGUCUGCCAACGUAAUUCACGUGGUCGACUUCGGUAUGGCCAAGCAAUACCGUGACCCCAAGACCAAGCAGCACAUCCCAUACCGUGAGCGAAAGUCUUUGUCCGGUACUGCUCGUUAUAUGUCUAUCAACACGCAUUUGGGCCGUGAGCAGUCUCGACGUGACGACCUGGAAGCUUUGGGACAUGUCUUCAUGUACUUCUUGAGAGGAGGCCUUCCCUGGCAGGGAUUGAAGGCUGCCACCAACAAGCAGAAGUACGAGAAGAUUGGCGAGAAGAAGCAGACAACCGCGAUUAAGGAUCUCUGCGAUGGAUAUCCAGAAGAAUUCAACAAGUACUUGAGUUACGUGCGCAACCUUGGAUUUGAGGACACACCUGACUACGACUAUCUUCGCGAUAUUUUGAGCCAGGCUCUGAAGAACGCCGGUGAGGUGGAGGAUGGCGAAUACGAUUGGAUGAAGCUGAACAAUGGACGCGGAUGGGACUACAAGUCAUAUUCGACACAACCUCAUCUCCACAACCAGCAGCAAGGUUCUUCCGGCCGCGAUCUCCAUUCGAACCAGAUGCGCCACAGCCAACGACCUGGUGUCACCGCCGACCGUUUAAACGCCGCGCAGCCUCCGCCACCCUCUCCAGCGAAACCCGGAGCUGGGAAGACCCGCGGCGAGCGUCCAAGCGGCGGAGGUGGAAUGCCCUCACAGAAACGCCAGAGCGCGGGCAUCGAGACGGGGACUCCAGCCGGGUCGACAACAGCUCAGUUCCAGAACUCUAAUGCUCAUCUCCCAGGCCGUAUGGGAAGCCCCGGAAAUCCUGGCUUGAGCAGUCAACAACUUGGUGGCGCUCAAGGAAACAAUGACCCGCAGCCUACUUUCGUCCAAAAAGUCAUGAAGGCUCUCUGUUGCGGUAGGUGA